GCAGACUGUCGGUAAGACAAAGAACCCGGCUGAUUUGCAUCAACACGACGUCCAGAGGAAGGGGGACUGGGAGGAGGAGAAAAUGAACGAACCUGCCAGACGUCCCAAUAUGGACAACGAAGAUAAAGGAGGGGCCGAUCUCGGCCGGCAUAGGGAAGACGAAGACAAACUAGAGGAGGCAGAAGAAGAAGAAGAAGAAGAAGAAGAAGAAGAAGAAGAAGGGGGGGAUGACAAAGAAGAAGAGGAUGCUGGCAAAGAGGAAGGGGAAGGAGAGGGAGGGAGAGAGAGAGAGGGCGGGGGAGGGGAAGGGGAAGGGGAAGACGGAGGAGGAGGAGGAGAAGAAGGGGAAAGCGGAGAGGAGGAGGAGGAAAAAAGAGGAGGGGAAGAUGGACAAGAAGGGGGAGGGGGAGGGGGAGGAGGAUGAGGAGAUGGAAAAGAGGAAGGGGGAGGAGGAGGGGAAGAGGGAGAAGGAGAAGGGAAAGAAAGGGAAGGAGAAGGUGGAAGAGGAUAAUGCACGGACCAGCGAGGCAUACGGCGAAACCAUUGUGUAAGUCGAGUCACAUGUAUAGGGUGUCGACGCUGUUGAGCUCGAGUGUAACAAGUCCAUCCUCGGGCCAAUGUCAAAGGAGCAUGGCCACGGGAAAGCAAACGGCGGACAAGCAUGGUUGUCGCAGUUUAUGUAUAUAUAUCCUCACAGAGUUAUCAGAGCGCACAACGGAAAAAACAAAGAGAACAAAAAAGAUAUCAAUUC